GAAUGUGGUGGGGGGGAAUAAGGCAGCCACAGCGACCUUGCAUGGAGCGUGGUGUUUCUUAGCUGGCAAAAGAAUAAGCCACGUAAAAUGCUCUUAUACCGACCACAUAACGUGACAAUUUUGUGCUUAUAGUGCUCUUUUCAAGGUUAACACCAUGAUGUCUUUUAUCAAGGCUGCUGUUGGGGGAUUGACCGGUAUCUGUAGAGCCCACGGUCACCAACAAGGUCUUCUGCACAGCCACUUGAAAGUCCUAACUGCUGGACUGAAGACAUAUGAAGUCCCUCCAGACUACAGAGAUGUGGUGCUGCCGGAGAAACCCAAACUGAAGUUUAUGAACAAGGUGCCUAACUUUAAAAAGGCUAAGAGAGAGAUGAAGAAGCUGCGGGAUAUCCAAGGCCCAGCAAGGGCAGCAAAUGCUUUCACUACUGGACAGUACGCUAUUGUGGCCAUGGGAGGAGGUUACCUCCACUGGGGUCACAUAGAGAUGAUGCGUCUAACCAUCAACCGCAAGAUGGAUCCCCGGACUACAUUUGCCCGCUGGCGCAUUAAUGGCCCAUAUAAGCCGAUCACACGUAAAGGUCUGGGUCAGCGCAUGGGUGGGGGCAAGGGAGCCAUCGACCACUAUGUGACGCCUGUCCGCUACGGUCGUCUUAUCGUGGAAGUGGGAGGAAAGGUGGAGCUGGGGGAGAUUGAGCACAUCUUGACUGAAGUGGCAAAGAAGCUACCCUUCCCUGCAAAGGUGAUGAGCAGAGAGAGCCUAGCAGCCAUGCAACAGAAGCAGGUUGAUAUGGAGCAGAACAACCAGAAUCCCUGGACCUUCAAGCAGAUAGCGUGGGGCAACAUGCUGGGUAUCAGGAAGGUCCUUAGUCCCUUUGACCUCCAUAACCAUGGACGCUUCACAGGCAAAUUCCACAUCCCUGGGAGGGUGUGAUGGACAGAAACCAAUUCACUGUCAUCCAUACGUUUUGACUUCCAGGCAUAUUUGGGAAUCUUCUUUCCUUUUUUGUAUUAAAAUGUAUUUAAUUUAA